AUGGCUUCGAGUGCUACCGAUUCCGUUCAAUCCCAGGUCGAAGAGAAGACAAUGGUGCAUACAUACGACAAUCUGAAGCCAAAUGCUAGCCAUCAAGAGCAUGCCGCGACGCUCGCUGACGAGACUGGGCUUUCUCAACAUGGGACUGGGCAUACAAGGAUGUCCUUCCGCCAAUUCAUGGGCUUCACUGCCAUGGCCUUCCUCUGGACCGGCAGCCAAAUCCCUGUCUAUCUUUUUGGUGGCAUUCCGCCCAUUAUCUACGGUGACAUUGGUGGAGUGGAUAGAUGGGUCUGGUUUGUCCUCGCGAACCUGCUAGCCCUAGCUGGUGUUUGCCCUUUCGUCGGGUCCCUCUCUGAUCUCAUCGGACGCCGCUAUGUCGCUCUCAUUGGGGCUACUUUGGUCACAGUCGGAAUGAUUGUUUGCUCGACGGCACAUUCAAUGAAUACUUUUAUCGCCGGCAUGGCUAUCGCAGGCGCAGGCGCAGGGGUCAACGAGCUGACGGCACUGGCCGCCACUGCCGAGAUGGCACCUACUCGCCAACGAGGCAAAUACGUUGCGAUCUUGAUCUUCACGAUAGCUCCGUUCGCACCAUCCGUGCUGUGGGCCCAAUUAAUCGCAGAAGCAGGCAACUGGCGUCACGUCGGUGCUUUUUGCGCGGGCUGGGCUGGUCUUGGUCUGAUCAUUACGGCAGUCUUUUACUUCCCUCCGCCUCGAGUCAACUCGGAAGGACUUACUCGAGCGGAGGUUGUCGGUAGGAUUGACUUUGUUGGCGGCUUUUUGAGCAUCGUAGGCCUGAUUCUCUUCAUGGCUGGCAUGCAGUGGGGUGGAUAUCAGUAUGACUGGGACUCAGCGCAUGUCCUCGCCCCUCUCAUUCUUGGAGUAGCACUCCUCGUCGCCUUCGCCUUCUGGGAAAUCUACGGCGCAAAAUAUCCCAUUUUCCCCAGCCGCCUCAAGCAGGAGCCUCGUACCUUGAUCCUAACGCUCGUCAUUACCUUCAUCUCUGGCGCAAACUUCUUCUCGGUUCUCAUGUUCUGGCCUACGCAGGCGUUCAACGUAUACGGCCAUGACCCCACUGCUGUUGGCGUUCGCAGUCUUCCUAUCGGCUUCGGUAUCAUGGGUGGUGCUUGCAUUGUCCUGUGGCUACUUAGUGUGCUCCGCGGCCAUAACAAAGAGCUCUUGAUUGCGAGCAGUGUCCUGAUGACAGCUGGAUGCGGCGCGAUGGCCGUCGCCGACGUCGACAACAUGGACCAACUCUGGGGCAUACUAGUCGUCGCGGGGCUAGGAAUUGGCGGGAUAGUCGUCCCAGCAUCCAUCAUUACGACUAUCAUCUGCCCCGAUGACCUCAUCGCCACAAUCUCCGCCCUAACUCUCUCCAUCCGCGUCGUCGGCGGCAGCAUCGGCUACACAAUCUACUACAACGUCUUCGUGAACAAAUUCGUCCCGAACGCAACGCACUACAUCGGCGGCGUGAUGGCAACACAGCUCAACAUCACAGACGUAGCCCUAAUAACCGAGGCAAUCGAGCUGACCAGUGCGAGUCUCUUGGAAGGACUGCACGAGAUUCCGGGAAUCGCAGGUAAUCCGGCUGCGUAUGACGCUGUUGUGCGCGCCGGCCAGAUUGCGUACGCGGAGAGCUACAAGUGGGUUUACUAUGCGAGUAUUGGGUUUGGGGGUGUUUCGAUUCUAGCCGCUUGCUUCUUGGGCAGCAUCAAGCAGUAUAUGGAUGAUCAUGUUGCUGUCGUCAUGCAUUAG